AUGGGACAGACGGGGUCGGGACAAAAAGAAACUUAUGGGCUUGAAGCAAGAAAAAAAUUUCAUGAGCUCGGGCUUACGGGUGCGGGACAAGUUGCAGAAAAAUGUUGCCUGGUAAGUUUUGUCUUUUGAUUGUAAUUAUACUGCAACUUCAAAUAUUUAAUUCUGGUAAUAUCGGGUGACCCAGAAUAAAUGGCCCUCCUCAUAUUUUGCUUGUAAUUUUUUUCUUUUCAAUCCUUAGACCUGGUCGUUCAUCCAAAAGAUGCGCCGUCAAAUUCUCUACAAAACUUGAUCAAACUUAUUUCUAUAAAAAGUUGAGGAGAAAAAUGAAACGAAAAAUAUUCAAUAUGACGAAAGGACCAACUUUCUAGGCUAUUUUGUUUUACAAAUUUUGGAAUAUUUUAAACAAGACCAAAGACAAUGAAACAAAACUGAAGAUAUUUUUGAGGACUUUGAAGUACGCUCUUUCUCCUUAUGCAGUUCACAGUUCGUUCAAAUCUCAGUUAGCACUGAAAAAUCUGACAUUCCAAAAUUCACCGCAAGAUGACCAAAAUUCGCUAUUGCUCGGCAGGUGAAUUUAUGAAGAAAGCUUUAAGGUAACUUUCGCAGCUGAAUCUGGCACAAGUAUCAUUUCUCGUCAAAAUAAAAAAAGACCGAGCUAGAAAGGUGCUAUUUUGGUGCAAGAUUGAUUUUGGAUUGUGCAUCUAAUACUGGUUGAUAGACCUUUUCAAUGGCUACAAAAUGCAUGUAUUCUCUUGUUUUCAUCAUCCAACGCAAUGAAAGUGCUGCAACAAAACGAUAUUUCAGCUUAGAAAGUUGGUCCUUUUCAUCGUAUUGAGUAUUCUUCAUUUCAUUUUUCUCCUUAACUUGUUAUAGAAAUAAGUUUGAUCAAAUCUUGUAGAGAAUUCGACGGCGCAUCUUUUGGAAAAACGAUCAGGUCUAAGGAUUGAAAAUAAAAGAAAUUAAAUGCAAAAUACGAGGAGGGCCAUUUGUUCUGGGCCAACCGGUACUAUCACGUGAAAACCGUAAUUUUACAAUAACUAAUAAAAAUUAACCUGGAGAGGCGAAAUAAUCCGGAUUUAAACUUGAGAAGAUGUUCCAUAUCUAAAACUAGGUUUACCGUUCUUUCCUUUCGAUUCCGAGCUAGUGAGUGGAUGUAAAGCAUUCUUUUAUACUGCAACUUUUAAGUUUAGACCCAAAUAAAUAAAACAGGCUUGAAUUUUGUCAUGCGGAUUUUUGCAAGACUGAGUUUGAGACGUUAGGCGCCGCUUGUAAUAGUUCCGAUUUAUCACAGCAGAAAAACUUUUUCAGAAAAUUACGGGACAAACGGGACGGGGCAAAAAAGCCCAUAAUUGUUUUCGCGAGACAGACGGGUUCGGGACAACGCUAUUUGCUCACGGGCUCGGGGUUACGGGACGGGACAAGAAUUUUUCUGUUCGGGUUCGGGCUUACGGGAUCGGGGCAACAGAAAAGUUUGACCAGCGGGACUCUAAAUGAGCCAGCUCGAUUUGUUGGAAAAUAAAAAAGUUUAGAUUAAAAUGUAUUUUUUUCGAAGUUUAUUCGAUAUUCCUAUAGAUAACUGAUCAAUUAUGACAUGAAAUCAUAACCACAUUAUAUACCCAAUAAAAUAAUUGAAAGUGUCAAUCUGCAAGAACUAAUGACAUUCGACUUCUCAUCUGCCUUUUAUAUUUCAUUUAACAAAAUCUCGAUAAAAGAUUGCAAAUUCUAGAAUUUUAAUAAAGUCCUGUUCAACGAUAAGAUUUUAGUUUUUUUUUUCUUUGUAUAAGAAUAUUUGUUCAGGGCAUUCUCAAAAGAAAAUUCAACUAGAAAUUGUAUAAAAGGAUUCGACCAACUUCACUUGAGAGAUUAGACUAGUUAUAACAACCCAAGCAAAAAUAUCUAGAUGCAUUAGCUGGUGCAUCUAGCGAUGCCCCAGCACGAGCAUCUAGCUAAAUGAGUAAAAAUAAUCUAGUUAUCUAGAUGUAUCUAGUAAAAGCGAUACACUAGAUGUAAGAGGCAAUGCAUCGAGUAAUAAUAAAAUACUAUUGAAGAGCUCAGAGAGGCGGUGCAUCGCCCGAUGUCAUAAUGAAUGCAUCGAUUUUGCAUCUACUUGUUAAAACACUUGAAGAGAACUUUUUACUAGCUGCAUUGAGCGAUGCUGGAUUCAACUUUUCUCUUUUUUCUAAACAACUAGCUGCAUCUAUCAUUGUAUCUAAUCAAUCUAGAUGCAUUGAGAGAUGCUAGCUGCUUUUUUCGUGCUUGGAAAUGACUAUUAAUUGAAUAAUAGUGACACUUUUAACCUUUUCUUAAAAUGACAGCAGUAAUUCAAUGAAUACAUAAUAUUCUAUGUUCUGUACUGAUUAUUCACUAAAUAAUAUAUAUAAAUAUAUACUCACUAAGACGCUUGAGAGUGACAUUGUUUGUACCCAGUACAGCGAUCGAGAAUGUUUCGACCGUACUUAAAGUAUAUGUUGUUACAACCAAUACAUAUGUAAUGUCAACAUCAAGAAGAAUAUCAAGUCUAAACUGAUUAUCAGAACCACUGUCAUCAUCUUCUUUGAGGAAAUUCUCCGAUAAAUUAAAUGGAUUAAAUUUGUUUUUGUAAAUAUAUCCAUAUGUAUCACUCGUGCUAUAGCUACGAAAAGUAUAAUAACCAUACUCAGUUACAUUUACUUGAAUAGAUUCAUAAUAAAAGCUUGAUUCACUGCAAUCUCUGAAAUAUAUUUGACUGUUCGUAGUCAAUGAUGACGAAUAUAUCGUUUGAAAAUGUGAUGAAGGAUAGACUAAAUGAAAAACAAAAGCAAUCGAGUUUUCUUGUAUGUACACAUGCAAUCAAGUAUUUCGGGAUAUUCAUUCGUUUUCUUUCGGAUACACUUUCUCAACGUAUUCAACUGAUAAUCUGUACUCAAGGAAGAAAC